AUGGCCACCGAGAAAAAUUACAGGAAGACUUCGACGGUAGAGAUGAUGAUCGGAGGGGAGCUUGGGAACCCCUCGUCGUUUUUGUCAUCGUCGUCGUCAAACGGCGUCGUUAGCCCGUCUCCAUACUACGAUCCUCUUGGUCUUCCUCUUCACGACGAUCACCGUUUCGUGCGUAACUCGUCGUUUGGCAGAGCUUCUCUGCCGUCUGAGCACUCUCCUUCGAGCUCUUCCUCGAAUGGGCUCUUCAGCUAUUACGACGACGGUUAUCCGCCGUUCUCUGCGGCGUUUGAGGACACUCCUAUGCACCAGACUCGGACUAAAACUACUACAAAUCGUUCCUCCAUUAAUGGGCAGUGGUCGAACUCGAACCCGAUAAAUGCUUAUUCUGAUCACGACGAAGUUGAUGACCUGGGAUUGUCUGAGAUAUUCUACAGAAUGAAUAUCGGAGAUAAUAAACAAGAGGGACGAACCAAAACGAGGGGAUUUGGCAUGGAGAGAGAUGGGUUUCUGCUCGAGGAUUUCGACGGUUUUAAUGUUGAUAUGAGACUUGGACAGGAAUGUUAUUAUGUGGGAGAUUCAAGGAACUCCCAAAUGGGUUGUUACAGCAGGGAAGUUGAAUCAAUGGACCCAUUUGCCAGGCCUUUCUUUGCUGAUGAAUCUGACUUUGUUUGGUCACAAUCACAUGGACUUGAUUCUAAUGGAGGAAUGGGUCUUAGAGGGGGUUCAUUAAGUCCUGAGGUGGUUCAACUCAUGAAUCUGGCUCUGAAUCUGAACACUCCAUUAAGGACCAAACAAAACUUAAGAGGAAGAAGAGGUGACUUGGAGGGGUUUAGCUGCGAAGACAGUUUCAUCAUUGAAGAAAAAUGCUUGAGGAAGAAUUCUCAUAAUGGUCAUGUCAGGAUUCCGAAUGUGAGGGACCGAAGUUUUGGCCUAGUGGAUUGUCCUUCCUCUUAUGGAGGAUGUUAUGAGAAUGGAUAUGGUUGGAGUGGUGAAUUGCCAUUUGGUUCCCAACCAAGAUAUUCUUCAUUGCUUGGUACAACGGAUUAUAUGCUCAUGUUAGCGAAGGAUCAGGAUGGUUGCCGACACUUACAGAAGCUGGUUGAUUAUGGAACAUAUCAAGAUGUGCAGAUAAUAUUCCGUAAUGUAAGCAAUCACGUUGUCGAGCUCUCGACGGACCCUUACGGCAAUUACCUUGUGCAGAAGCUGUUGGACGUUGUCAGCGAAUUACAGAAAUGGCAUAUUGUGCGAAAGAUGGUCUGGAGACCAGGACAGCUUGUCAGUAUUUCUCUAAACUCAUACGGCACACGCGUGGUACAGAAGUUGAUCGAGACUGUGAAAGAUACAAGUCUUUUAUCAUCGGUUAUAUCAGCCCUCAAGCCUGGUUUUCUUGAGCUUACUAUGGAUUUGAAUGGAAAUCAUGUCCUACAGCGUUGCUUGCAGUGCCUCAGCAGCGAGGAAAAUACGUUUAUUUUCGAUGAUGCUGCAGAGAAUUGUGUUGCAAUGGGAACUCACAAGAAUGGAUGUUGUAUGCUGCAAAAAUGCAUUGAACACUCCACCGGAAACUUUCGGAAUAAAUUGGUAAAAGAAGUUUUAAAAAAUGCUUCUCUCCUUGCUGAAGAUCCUUACGGGAAUUUUGUUGUUCAGUUUCUCAUGGAGCAUAUCCCAUCUGCCACUGCCAAAUUGAUUCCUCAAUUCAAAGACAACUUUGCACGUCUUUCAAUGCAUAAAGCUAGCAGUCAUGUGGUUGAAAAAUUCCUCAAGUAUUUUCAAUACAGCCAUAAGAUAAUCGUCGAUGAAUUGAUCAAGUUUGGCCCCUUUGAAAGCUUGUUGCAGGACCCUUUUGCUAACUAUGUCAUUUCCACUGCUCUUGAUUGCACAAAGGGCUCUGUUAAUCGUUCCCUCGUCCAAAAGAUCAGGUCUUUCCUACGCACGGUGCCACCCGGUCCAUACUGCAAGAAGAUUUUCUCUCAUCCCUUGGUGAACAACUAA